AUGCCAACCACCACAUCCGCACCUGACAAAUCGAGACAAACCUCGGGCGGCAAGUCGUUCUUCGGGAGGAAGCUGCAUAAAGAGAAGCCGGUAGAGGAUCGGUAUGAGGGCAAUGGAGGGGUUGAGAAUCUCGCGCCACCAGGCAGUUCGGCCGGCUCUCGUUCAUCACGGCAUUCGAAGCGUGCUUCCGUCCAAUCUGUCGACAUGACCCACGAUUUUGAUCCCAGUGGCCUUUCCACGAGUGCAGGUGUCAUCACGUCGAUCCCCUACGAGAGUCUGCCCGCGGACAACCGAACGCCUAUCCCCGUGGACUAUCUAUCAAAGGCUGAGACGUCGCCGCGCAAAGAGCCUUCGCCAAAUCAUCUUGCCAAGGGUGCUUCGGAUUUUCACCAAUAUCCGACAUGGAAUCCAUCCGCAAUGCAGAAUAACAAUUAUUACUCCCAUCCUACUGGUCCUCGCCCACCACCGCAUGCCUCGAAUGUAACUAUGACUGGAAGCUCUUCGGGGGAUAAAGGUCCUAGGUAUCAGCAAUGGGGGAGACCGGGAAGCUCGGCCACAAAUGCAGGAUUUAGCCAUAAUUCCUCUUCUACCUUUGAUUCGUCAUCGAACUCGCGAAUGUCUCUCGACCAGGCCAGUGUUCAUUCUUCUCUCUCCUCUAACACCCGGGGUUCCAGCUACUUCUCCUCGGAUGGCUCUGCGCGCACACUUACAACCUCGCAUUCGGCCGACAGGAAUACACUUUUCCCUAGUGGAGGUUCAAAUCGUCUUUCGACUGCGACAACAGCCUGGUCGGCGCACCAGGCAAGCCAGCCAACUGUUGCUCCGGCACCUCCCGAGCAAUAUCUUAGUCGACCAAGGGAUGAUCGUAUAGUUGAUCAGCUGUUCCUGGAGCUGAUGCAGAAGCGAGGUUGGCAAAAUCUUCCAGAGCAGGCAAAGCGGCAGAUGGUUGCGUAUCCGGCCUCCAAGAAAUGGACACUGGUCCAUCAAGAUCGAUUGACAGAACUACAGGGGGAACAGAAGCGGAGGCAAAACGCACGUCAGACUCAUGGCCAUGAUGCGCCAUCUGGCAUUUUGGAGCGGGCCGAUGAAGAAGGAAGCCCCGAGUGGUAUGUCAAAAAAGUCAUGGACGACACCAUCACAUCAAAACAACUAGCCAGUUUAAGUGUUAGUCUACGGACACAGCCUAUUAGCUGGGUCAAAGCAUUUGUUGAGGCACAAGGUCAAGUUGCCUUGACGAACGUUCUUGCAAAGAUUAAUCGCCGAAAGGCCUCAGGGCCUGUCCCUGCACCUCCGACUGGAGACAAAGAUCUGGACCGUGAAUACGAUAUCGUGAAGUGCUUAAAGGCAUUGAUGAACAAUAAAUAUGGUGCAGAUGAUGCCCUGGCGCACCAACAAGUCAUUAUAGCUCUCGUUAGCUCGUUGCUUUCCCCUCGGCUAAACACUAGGAAGCUUGUCAGUGAAGUCCUGACCUUCCUAUGCCACUGGGGCGAAGGCCAGGGCCAUCAGAAGGUCCUCCAGGGCAUGGAUCAUGUCAAGAACCACCAUGGCGAAACUGGACGCUUCGAUGCCUGGAUGCGUAUCGUCGAGGUAACAGUUGAUGGCCGUGGGAAAAUGGGUAGUUUGGUGGGUGCCAGUGAGGAGUAUCGCAGCGGAGGAAUUGGCAUGGAAAACCUUCUUAUGGAAUAUGCUGUUUCCACCAUGCUGCUCAUCAACAUGUUAGUGGAUGCAGCGGAGGGUGACCUGCAGCUACGAUGUCACAUUCGGGCCCAGUUUACCUCUUGUGGAAUAAAGCGUCUUCUUACGAAGAUGGAGGGUUUCCAGUACGAGGUCAUUGACAAGCAAAUCGAACGGUUCCGAGAAAACGAGGCUAUCGACUACGAGGAUCUUCUCCAGCGGGAGGGUAGCAGCAUGAAGGACAGUAUCGAGGGCGAUGUGAAAGAUAUGAGUGACCCUCUGCAGAUUACUGAUGCUAUCACAUCAAAAAUCAUGGGAAGCCGCUCCCACGAUUACUUCCUUUCUGCUAUGCAACACAUGCUUUUGAUCCGCGAGAACUCGGGAGAGGAUGGUCUUCGAAUGUUUCAGCUCGUGGAUGCCAUGCUCAGUUACGUUGCUAUGGACCGAAGACUGCCCGAUCUUGACCUUCGGCAAGGGCUGAAUUUCACGGUACAGAAUUUACUUGACAAGUUACAUACCGAUGCGGAGGCAAGACAAGUUUAUGAUGAGUCUCUAGAAGCACGCCAAAUCGCGGAGGCAGCAAUUGCCGAGCGUGAUGAAAUGAAGGCGCAAGUAGAGCUGGGUGCGGAUGGGUUGGUGAAGAAACUGCAAAAACAGAUUGAUGAACAAACAGGCAUUAUCGAACUUCAGUCUAGGCAGAAUGAGAUGGUCAAAGCUGAGCUCGCUGAUGUACAGAGGCUUCGUGCCCAAGAAUUGCAGAGGAAUGAGUUGGAGACCCGAGAACUUUAUCUCAUGCUCCGAGACGCCCAGGAUAUAGCCGCAUCUAAUGCCAAGAAGAAUAAUGUGGCCGAGACAGAUCCCUCACAGAUGAGAGGAAUCCUGGACCGUGAAAGGCUCCUAGAGCGGUUGGAGAUGCAAUUAGAGCGAACGAAAACGCAGUUUCAGCUGGAAGGCAAGGUUUGGGGCCAACACGGCCCCUCCGACCGGCUCCGUGAGUUGCGGGAGAAGAUGGACGGUGAAGGAGAAUCAAGCGAUGAUUUCGAAGAGCAAGCUCGCCAGAACCUCGAUAGCAACGCUCUGGGUUCCGUCCAGCGCAAGAAAAGUUAUAUACCUGGACUUGGAAACGAUGCCACCGAAGGUCAGGAGUUGUAUGAGAAUGGGGAAGUGGUUUAUGGACAGGCACGCCUUGCUGAUCUAUACCGGCCUCGUUUGAAUCCCGCUCAAGCCACUGGUCUCCUUGGCGAGAUUGCUCUCAAGGUUCCGAAAAUCGAUGGUCAAGAGACCGAGGCCGGCGACGAGACUGCGAAGCCAUCUCCAGUUGACGGGUCCGAACAGAACAAGCCCAGCCAAGGUCUUGAGGUUGGAACACAAGACGAAAAGGUUGAAGGAAAGAAACCCUUGCCAGCUGUUGCACCCCCACCACCUCCACCACCUCCACCACCGCCGCCCCCUCCGCCUCCGCCGCCACCGCCGCCGCCAGGAGCUGCUGGGGUUCCUCCACCCCCUCCACCACCCCCGCCCCCUCCAGGAGCGAAAGGCAUACCUCCUCCUCCCCCACCUCCUCCGCCACCAGGUUUUGGUGGUGGUAUGCCUCCGCCCCCUCCGCCUCCACCUGGUGGAAAGAUUGGAGCUCCUCCACCGCCCCCUCCACCUGGUGGCUUCGGGGGAGGCUGGAGAAGAAACUAUAUGGCUUCACAAGGUGCUCCCUCUCACCCACUCAGUGUUAUGUCUUCGAUCCGACCUAAGAAGAAGCUUAAGGCUCUUCACUGGGACAAAGUUGAUGCGCCUCAGGUGACGGUGUGGGCCUCACACGCCCCAACCGCGGAGGCGAAAGAAGAAAAGUAUUCUGAACUGGCCAAGAAGGGUGUACUUGAUGAAGUCGAGCGGCUAUUUAUGGCCAAAGAAACCAAGAUCUUUGGGGCCAGUACAGCUGCCAAGCAGCGGAAGGAGAAGAAACAAAUUAUCACCAACGAGCUGUCCAAGAACUUCCAGAUCGCAAUGGCUAAGUUCUCCCAAUACCCUGCUGAAGAUGUUGUGCGAAGGAUCAUCCACUGUGAUCCGGAUAUUUUGGACAACAUGGUCGUCAUGGAUUUCCUGCAGAGGGAUGAGAUGUGCACGAUACCCGAAAACGUUUCCAAGUCGAUGGCGCCUUACAGCAAGGAUUGGACAGGGCCCGAUGCUGCAAGUACUGAGCGAGAACAAGAUCCUAACGAGCUCACUCGUGAAGACCAGAUCUAUCUUUACACUGCUUUUGAGCUAAACCACUAUUGGAAGGCCAGAAUGCGAGCUCUUGCCUUGACACGCUCCUUCGAAUUGGAUUACGAGCACAUAUCCGAAAAGCUUCAGCAAGUGGUGCAAGUUAGUGAGGCAUUGAGGGAUUCGGUUUCCUUAAUGAAUGUCCUUGGUCUAAUCUUGGACAUUGGUAACUUCAUGAACGACGCCAACAAGCAGGCCCAAGGGUUUAAACUGGGCUCGCUGGCUCGUCUUGGUAUGGUCAAAGACGACAAAAAUGAAUCGACUUUUGCAGACCUUGUGGAGCGUAUUGUUCGUAACCAAUACCCAGAAUGGGAAGGUUUCUUUGAUGAAAUCAAUGGGGUCAUUGCCCUACAGAAGCUCAACGUUGACCAGUUGCGGACGGACGCUAAGAAGUACAUUGACAACAUAAAGAACGUUCAGGCUAGCUUGGAUGCUGGCAAUCUGAGUGACUCCAAGAAAUUCCACCCUCAGGACCGUGUCAGCCAAAUUGUUCAACGGAGCAUGAAGGAUGCAAGGCGGAAAGCGGAGCAAAUGCAACUUUACCUGGAGGAAAUGGCCAAGUCGUACGAUGAUAUCAUGGUUUUCUAUGGAGAAGAUAGCUCGGAUGAUGGUGCUCGACGAGAUUUCUUUGCCAAGUUGGCAGCGUUCUUGCUAGAGUGGAAGAAAUCGAAAGAAAAGAACAUUGCCUUGGAGGGAGCCAGGAAACGUACCGAAGCUUCUUUGGCUCGUAAGCGCAUCAACCCUGCUCUUGCGAACGGCAAUGGUUCCGGCAAUGAGACACCACAGUCUCCAGCCACAAGCGGAGCCAUGGACUCGCUACUGGAGAAGCUUCGUGCAGCAGCUCCUCAGGCCAGAGACCAACGCGAUCGUCGCCGCCGCGCGAGACUCAAGGAGCGACACCAGAUUCGUGUUACAUCGGGGCAGCAUAUGCCUGAUGCACCGGGGUCUGACGAUGCUGAGGCUGGAAACGACAACGAGGAGGAAAGCAGCAACGGUUACAAUGACUCGAAUACUGUUGAGACUGGGCUGCUGAGUCCUCCUGGCCAAGAACCCGAAGCAGGCACCACCAAAGAUUUGCAAGUAUCCGAGAGCGAGGAUGUGGCAGACCGGGCGGCUAGCAUGCUGCAGGGCCUGAGAGAUAACACAGGCGAUGGCGAGCGCUCUAGAAGAAGAAGAGAGAGUGCAGAAGAAGAACGACGCAAACGCCGAAUGCGACGACGCAAUGGCGCGGGAUCCGGAAGCAAAGACAGUGGUGAUGGAUCUGCCUUGUCACCCGUGAAGGAGCCUCUUUCCCCUCCUCGAACGGAUUCAAUGGAACCGGAUGACGACGAUACUGCAUCGCAGCCAUCGCAACCGCCGGCAAUCAUCGUAUCACCCACCGGAGACCAGCAUCACCGCCAAUUGUCGGACGACGGCGAGCUGAUAGGUGGCUCCCCUCCAAGUUAG